AUGCCGUUAGACGGGCAUGCAUAUCUGGUUGCCCAGGGAUGGGAUGGGAUGGGGUCUGGCCUGCGUCAAGGUUCCAUUUCGCGACCCGUUACAGUCGCACAGAAGAAAACGCUGUCAGGGAUAGGCAAGGACCGCGAUGAAGCCUUCCCCUUCUGGGACCAUGUCUUCGAGGCCGCCUCUAUAAACAUACAGGUCAAAUUACACAGCGAUUCAGACGACGACUCCGAGAGUACAUCUACGUCUACCCCGGCCGUGUCAUUGCAGCGCACGAGCACUGGCAUCCUGUCGAACCGCCGUCCUAAGAUCGGCACGCCCGCAUUCUCUGGUUCUGCGACUCCGGAGUCAUCAGAUAGCAUCACCCCGCGAUUUGGGGUUAUGGCUGCUGCUAAACAGGAGGCGGCGCGGCGGUCUCUGUAUUCAAAAUUCUUCCGAGGUCCCGUUGUCGGCAUUGAUGAUAUUGCUACUGCCGUUGAGGCCGAGGUGGACCAAAUGGUCAUCGUCACAAGUGCCGUGGAAGUGUUAAAAGGGGUGGAAAGUGAUGAAGUUGCAGUGGAGAGGCAGAGGAAGAUUAAGGGAAAAACAAAGGCGACAGAUGAGGCGGCUGAUGAAUUGGCGACCGAAGGGAAGAGGACGAAGAGGAAACGCAAGACGGAGGCCGUAGAUGAAUUGAUGCAGGACGCACCGCAACGAAAGGAGAAGGCCAAAGAGGAUGCGGGAUAUAAAAGAGAUAAGAAGCGACGGAAGCAACACGCAGAAGAGAAGAGCAGUCAGGAAGAGCCAGUAGGGGAGACAGUGGGAGGGAAGAUCGACCACGCUAAAGAGGAGGAAAGGAGGAGAAAAGAGGAGAAGAGGGCAAGGAAGGAAGGUGAAAAGGCGAGGAAGGAGGAAAAAAGAGUAAGGAGAGAGGAGAAGCGAAUGAAGAAGACCAUUCGGGAGCCAAAGCUUGACCAUGACACAGAAGAGGCAACGACAACAGUGUGCGACCACCCUGAGACGUCGACUCGCAAUGUAGAUUCAUCUCAGCGGCGGAUACGUAUACGGAAGGGGGUUGAGAUAUCUAGGUCAGGUGUGGCAGACAAGGCCAAGAAGCGCAGAAGAACAUCCUCCGAGAUACCAUAG